AUGUACGGUCUACUCUAUGGUUCACUAUUGCUGCUCUCGGCGCUCGUAUCCGCUGUGAAGGCUUUGCCCGCACCAUCGAAGCGUGCCACGGACUUCCUUGAUCCUCAUCUGGGCGGCGGGAAGAUGGGCGCAGAUGGUGGAGGAGUCCUGGAACCUAUUAACAUCAUCAUUUCCGCCAACUCCUCGCCAGAGGUUCUGACGGACGACGGCUUCACAAACUACAUGAAAUCGCUUGGCCUUUCGAUCGAAUGUCUCGGCCAACAUGGCGGUGGACUGUUCACUGCUGAUUUGGGCGAUGGCAAUGGGUCCAAGAACCAGACCAUUGAGAUGAGGGAUGAUUUCGGUGUGAGUUUCCUGGGCAUUGGCACCUGCUUGGAGAGCCUCACUGGCGGGAAUCAUCUCAGGAUGUUCCGCCAGGAUGGACCCAGCGCAAACAGCGGCGCGCUUUUCCUAGCCGUCUCUGAAGAGAAGGACCUGAGCCAACACCAUACGGUCGAUGACGACGGUUAUAACAAAGGCCGGUAA